CUGAUAUUUCUAAUACUACUCAUGCGGGUGGGUGUUUACCUGUAGUAAACUACAACCCACCUCCUGCUAUUUCCUCUCCACCUGCCUUACCACUGAAGAAAAAUAGCCGAAAAAAGAAAACAGGUAAAAUAAGUGUAGCAUCUACUGAGAUAGAGACAGAG